AUGAUCCUCAACGAUUGGGGAAACUCCCUCAUGGGGGUGUAUAAGGCAAUCAAUUGGGAACACAUGGUAGUCCCAUGUUAUCUGCAAACUGUCAUAUUGAUAUAUUUUCUUGGAGCCAACGUUUUCAUGACCUACUAUGAUUACCCAAACUAUACCAGUCUCCAACCGGGUACCACACAUUUAGCCAGGUGCAAUCUAAACAUGCUAACGAUCACCAGCACUUUCGUAACGGCUCAAGCUUUUGCCCAAGAGAGAAAGAACAACGGCCAUCCAAAGAUUCGUGAUUUCAAUGCACUUCGAGAUAUUAUAAUAAGUCAUUCCCGUUUCACAAUUAUCAAUUCCCUCUGCAAGGUGAUCGGAAUCUUCUUAAUGAUGUUCUUUCGCACCACAUCCAACGGCAUUUUCCAUUACGCUCUGAUCUUGUUCCUCAUCUCAUCCAUCAUCCUCAGCUACCCAGAGUUGCGCCUCAAAUUACUUCGAAUUCUGAGAAUCACCAAUACGGUAUUUGGCAGAAACUGGAUGAUGCCAAGAAUCCCAUCAAGAGGAGUAACCUAUGGUACCGUAUCAUCUCGCGAUUUUAACACUAGCCUUGGUGAAGUGUGGGACGUAAUGGGCGACGUUCAGCAUGGCAGACAACGGAGAGCUUUCAUGAACAGCGUUGGGAUCAGCAAUGAAGAUAAGCCAGACGACAACCUCGAGAUGGUCGCUUUGGGGGAUGCAAGCCUUCACAUGUGA